UUCAGACCUUGUUAUAUCUAUGGCUUCUGACUUAAUCAUUGUUCUUCCUUGUACGUGUGAAAGAAAGCUCAUUGAAAAGAUUGUUGAAUGGGUAUGGAGGAAAGUGCAUCGCACAUUCAAAUUGUUAGAUUCCACAGAGUUAGUGGGAAUUAAGUUUACACGUGAGCAAAUGGAUUUGCUUUUAGAUCCUACAGAUGAUGUUCGCUUUGUAGGGAUAUGGGGGAUGGGAGGCAUUGGCAAGACAACCAUUGCUAGGCUUGUUUAUGAAAGCAUAUAUAUUCAUUUUGAAGUUAGCUGCUUUCUUGCUAAUGUUAGAGAGGCUUCUGAAGGUAACUGUCUUGUUGAUCUACAAACACAGCUUCUUUUCCCUGUCUUGAAGAAACAAAUUACUCAAGUUUUGAAUGAAGACUGGGGGACCUAUUUCAUUAAGAAUUGCUUAUGUAAUAAAAAGGUUCUUCUCAUUCUUGAUGAUGUGAAUGCAUCAAGCCAACUAGAGAAAUUUGCUAAGGAAAAGGAUUGGUUUGGCAAGGGGAGUAUAAUCAUCAUUACAACUAGAGAUAAACGGUUGGUUAAAAAGCAUGAUAUGGAGAUAUCAUAUAAGGUUGAGGGAUUUGGCGAUGACGAGGCUCUUGAGCUCUUUGGUCUGAACGCCUUUAAAAAAUUUGAGCCUGAGGAAGGUUUUUUGGAAUUGUCCAAGUGCUUUGUAAAUUAUGUGGGAGGCCUUCCAUUAGCUCUUAAAAUUAUGUAGAAAAUACCUUCUUUUUUUUAAAAAAAAAAAAAAAGAAAUUUGAUUUCUUUUUAACUCAAUACUAGACUUACUUCUCGAAUUAACUUUUCCUUUUAUAUUCUUUAUUACAGGCAACUAACAAAAUUCAAGGCAUUGCCUUAAGAAUGGCGGAGCUUGAAAGGUGGAUAUUGGAAUUGUGAAGCAUUCUCUAAGAUGAUUAACCUGAAAUUUCUUGAAGUUGAUAAUGUGAUCAUUUCCUCAA